UGAUGGUUGUGCUCUGAGACUAACGGGAGUUUUGCUGCAGUACCCAGAGCUGGUGGAGCAGCAGGGAGGCUCACUGUGUUUCUGUUAUUCACACUCAUUACAGAUCAGCCAAAGCCGCAUGUUCUGACCGACCCAGAGCUCCAGAACCAGCAGAGGAGCUCCAGUCCAGACCAGGAGGAAGCAGAGAUUAGACCGAUCCAGGAGGAACCAGAACCAGAGAUUAGACCGAACCAGGAGGAACCAGAGAUUAGAAACAUGGUGAUCAGGUUCCAACAGGAGAGCAGACCGCUGGGCAUCUCCUGGCAACCCUUUGUUCUUCUGACCAGAAUCGACUUUCCAAAGCAACAUGUCUGCAGGACGGAGGAGGUUCUGGACCAGAGGGAACCAGAACCAGAACCGCCACAUCAGGAGAUCGGGCCUGAAGAACCGCAGCUGCCACCGGACUGCGACGCCUUCAUGAAACCUCUGUCAGAUGAAGAAUGUGAGCUGGAACCAGACGCUGAUCAGAACCUCCCUGCAGCUCAGGACGGUUUGAACUCAGAUCCUCAUCGGAUCAACGAGCAUCUGGAUCAAAACCUUCAAAGAACAAAAGACAAACAAAAACGUCUUCCAACCAAGUCCAACAAACCUCAAAGGAAAGCCAGAAGGAAAGGAAACGUCAUUUGUUGUCAUAAAUGUGGGAAAAGGUAUGUUUAUAUAAAAUCUCUAGUGACUCACAUGAGCACCCACUUCAUGAAGCUGGACUCAUGUAAAACCUGCGGGAAAAACUUCAGUUCUGCAAAGGCCCUGAGAAUCCACAUGGCAGAGCACAGCCUUCACAGAGCAUCCAUGUGAGACAAACGGGGAGCGAUUCUCAGGGAAUCUGCUCCACUGACGCACAUCGGAAACCACAGCGACGAGACAACUGGGAAACGAUGCUCUACUGGGAAACGAUGCUCUACUGGGAAACGAUGCUCUACUGGGAAACGAUGCUCUACUGGGAAACGAUGCUCUACUGGGAAACGAUGCUCUACUGGGAAACGACGCUCUACUGGGAAACGACGCUCUACUGGGAAACGACGCUCUACUGGGAAACGAUGCUCUACUGGGAAACGAUGCUC